CCACAAAGGCGUUGAGUGUUUCUUGUCCACAAAAGGCAUUGGCCGACAGACCUGGGACAGAGUCCAAACAUCCCGCUUCUUGGAGAAUCGACAAGUCGACUACCUUAUUGCCAAUGGCCGUGGCGCAUCGUUUGGGACCUCUUGGUGUCGCAGAAAAGACUCCAAACGGAAUGUUGGCCAACGAAAAGUCAGAAUCGGGUGGAAUGUCCACCCAAGAGGAUGAGCAGGAAGCCAUGAGUCUUCUUAUUGUUAGGCCAGUUUGUAGAGGCGCUAUUCGUACACGGCCAAUGAGAAAGCCGCUGCUGCGAUGGAGUGGAGUGGUACUGAUAGCAACAAGCAUGAGAAGCACAAAGAUUGACGACAUCGACAUGAAGCAGACAAGGACGCUUUUGGAAGAGGAGGGUUUUCGGAAAGAUCCGAUCUACCGGUGUCCAUUGUGGAGUUUUCCCCGUGUCCCAGUUUGCAUGGCUGAAGCUCGACUGACUUGCGGGAGUGUUUCUUGUCAUUUUUUGUGGAGUUCUUGACACCGUUUAUUUAUCCGUCACAAGCUCCAGUUCGCUUCUUGAUAUGGCUCACAUGCUACCGGUAUGGGCUGGGGAUCACCAAAGAAAACAAACCUCUCACAAAAGAAAGAAAUAUAAAGAAGGAACUGGACUAUGAAUCUCCUUUCCACCAUCUCGAGCUUGCUCCUCUUGUUCUCCUGUUCCAUCAGGAGAGCAGACCCUUUCACUCUGCCAUCGCAUCAGCCCCACCUAUCUCUUGACCGCGCCAGAGCUGGGAUCAUUGCAGUCAGCAGUAGAAUACCGGCGAGAGUUGCCAGUCUCAGUGUUCCGCCAAAACACAAAAUUGUCAUCCAAAAAUCUCAUGCGUGUCCUCGACGUUUUUCUGAGGCGACGACGACCUUACUCCAUGCGCUACCCCACGACCAGAUCAUUGCCGGUACUUCCAUGGGUCUUUUGGCGCUUCAGUUUGGAGCCAUGCCCACUCUGCAAAAGAAAUGUGUACCCCGUGAAUUGUGUCGAUCUUCCAUUCUAGUAGCACAGGAAAUCAGCAAGUUUACGCUCAGCUUUGUCUGUUUCGUGUCUUUGGUGUCACCAGCACAGCGGAUGAAAAUGCUGCAAAGUUGGAGAGUACGACAAUGGAUCCAGCUGGCAGGGAUCCCAGCAACCCUCUACGCCAUUCAAAACUAUGCCAAACUCAUGGCCUAUCAGCAUUUGCCUCCUGUCACCUACAGUGUUUUGAAUCAAACCAAAACAAUCAGCGCGGCGUGGUUCUGCUUCUACUUGUUGGGGAUUCGACAAUCCGCACUCCAAAUGGUCUCCCUCGUUCUCUUGUUGACGUCUGCUUUGGUCAUUGAAAAUGUCAUUCCAUUCACAUUCUUCAUGGGAAGAAAGGCAGCACUAUGCACUGUGCCAUCCACGCAACAAUCUCUCGGGAUGGGCACACGUGUCAAUCAUGACGACGACAACAACAGCAAUGCUUGGUCCAACAGGCGAAAGAACAGUCUUCGUCUAUGUGUCCACCAGGGACAUGGCCAAGAUCAGCUGGCAGCAGACGCGAGAUGCUACACCUCAAACAGCCAAACUGUUGUCGCACGAAACUCAAUUCCUCGUGACCCACAUCACUUUACGCGAGGAGUGCUGCCACUCUUGCUCGCCAACCUAACCUCGGGUUUGGCCGCGGCAUUGGGCCAAAGGGUGCUACAGCAUCAUCGACGCAACCUCUAUCUGUACGGAAUGGAACUCAGCAGUGCUUCUCUACUCCUGGUGAUGAUGUCGUUGCUUUGGAGCCCCGACGGGAAACAACUCCAUCGUGAAGGUCUUGUGCGACACUGGAAACCUGUCACCUUCCUGCCCAUUGCAGCGCAUGCCAUUGGCGGAUUGCUCGUUGGAAUUGUGACAAAGUAUGCUGGCAGUGUCCAAAAGGGCUUUGCUUUGAUCUUUGGAGUGCUCUUGUCCGGUUUGUUCCAAAAGUGGCUCUCCCACGAGCCCAUAACACGAAAUCAGGUGGUUGGCGGAAUGCUGGCCUGUCUUUCCAUGUGGAUGCACGUCUCCUUCCCUCCAUCGCGGUCAGUGCCGACACCAUACUAGACUUCUGCAGCACGGGAAGAAGGAAUGCGUGUGGAUGCCUUCAGUUGGAUUUCGAUAUAGACAUGUCACUCACAAUCCUUUUGGGCCAGGUCGUUGACAAGGCCAACCUCACGAAACCAACUAAUGAUAGCUACGCGGUGUGAGCGGAGCCGCUUGUAGGACUGAGAACACUAUUUUUUUUACAUAACCUACGGCAGUUAGAAAGACGU